UGCUUCCUUGGGCAGUGUGUCUGCAGCUCUGCCUCUUGGUGGAGGAAGUAGAAGCAGAAAAAGGGGCAGAACAAAUGUAAACCUCCGCCUCGGACACCUUCUCCUCCACCUCUUUCCCUCUCCAGUUCUUGCAGGUUCUCUGUGCUGGCGGCGGUCCGUGAUACGUUAAGCACGGUUCCGCAUGUCGCGUAUGCAAAUGCCGGUUUCUGCCUGCCUGCUGUGUUCUCCUCCCGAAAACACCACCGAAAUACCAGGUAACCCUGGGGCGCAGGAGGCAGCCACCUCAUCCAGCAUGGAGGCUGCAGAUGGUCUUGCCUCCAAGCUAAAUGUUGCCGUGAUAAACUCCGAAAGAGAAAAGGUGCUGGAGCUGCUGGAGGAAGGGGCAGACGUGAACUCCAAAGUGGAGUUUGGCUGGACACCGCUGCAGACUGCUGUACAGGCUGGGGACAAGGACAUGGUCCAGCUCCUGCUGGACAGAGGCGCGUGUCCACACGCCAGGAAGGACAACGGUGCCACUGCCUUUAUUGUGGCAGCGAUUGUGGGAAACGUGGAAAUCCUGGAGCUCCUUUUUGGUUAUGGGGUUGAUAUCAAUGAUCAUGACGACAACGGCUUCACAGCUCUCAUGGAGGCUGCUUUGUAUGGGAAGGAGGAAGCCCUGAGAUACCUGCAUAGCAAAGGGGCAGAUGUGAACAUGAGGAGGGUAACCAGCGAGGAGAAGGAGAAACUGAACAAAGGGGGCAGGACUGCACUGAUGGAUGCCUGUAGGAAUGGCCACUUCUCAAUUGUAAAAACUCUUGUCAAAGAUAUGGGGGCUGAUCUGAACAUUUGUGACAAUAAAGACAGAAAUGCCUUGAUCCAUGCCCUCAAGGUCCAUGAGAGGAAAGUAUCUGAGGCUGUCUCUAUAGUCCAUUUCCUGCUGGACUGUGGUGUUAAUGUCAGAUGCAGAGAUGAAAUUGGGAAAACUGCCCUCAUCCUAGCUGUUGAAAUGCAGAACAAGUGUUUGGUGAAAGCUUUCUUGGACAAGGAUGAAAUAAAUAUCGAUGAUGCAGAUGAGGACGGCAACACAGCACUGAUGGUGGCUGUGGAGAAUAAUGAUUGUGAUAUUGCAGAGAUGUUGUGUGAAAAAGAGGCAAGGACUGACAUUGGGAAUCUUAUUGCUAUUGCAAAUAGAAAAUAUUCUAAUACAAUGCAACGUCUUCUUCGCAAGUACAAUGCCAAGCAUGUCCCAGCAAGAUAUGAAAACUGGGAGCCAAAGAGCAAAUGCUGGAGGAGCCAGCUGCAACGCCUUCAUAAAAUCUAUCGGCCCAUGAUUGGCAAACUAAAGGUAUUUCAGUACAUCCGUCAGAGAAUCCAGAGCACCUCCCGGGGUGGCAUCUACCUGGGGCUCCACGGUGGGACAGAAGUGGCAGUAAGAAUAUUCCUCAGCGCACAGGGUAGCGAAGAGAAGGAAUUCCUCGACCGGUGUGGUGACUGCGAGCAUCUACUGAAGCUCUUCCAGUUUGAGAAGGAAAGAGGCUACAUGUACUUGUGCUUCCCUCUCUGGGAGAAAAACCUUGAAGAACACCUGCAGGACCCAGAAGAUGAAAAGGAUUACAAGGGCAUCCUGAAGAUGAUCUUCCAGGCAGUGAGAGAGCUGCACUCCCUUGGAUUUGCUCACCAAGCUCUGCGUCCCAGCAACUUCUUGAUAGAUUUAGCUGGAAAAAUUUACUUGGCGGAUUUUGAUAACAGCAGAGUGUUGAUUGAAGGCAACAAGGAACUUAUAAGCUCAGACUUACAGGACCUCAGCAGGCUCGUGCUAUAUGUCUUAGCAGGGGGUAGGAAACCCCUUCGUGAAGUCAGUAUUGAGGAUUUGGAUGCAAAUUCCCCAGAUUACGAGGAGGCUCUGGACCUUAUAGAGUGCCUGGCCUCUCACGAUGACCAGGGAUGGUGGGGUCUGAGCAAACACCCCUAUUUCUGGAGCAAACAGACCAGGUUCAACCUCCUGAAGAGUACCUGGAAUAAAAUCAAGGAUCUCCAAUGGGAUGAAGAUCUUUUUGAAACUAUUAAUGCUAGCAGUCCUUACCCGUGCUGGACUGAGAUGAUUCAUCCAAAGGUUCUGCGUAUCAUGGAAAAAUCCAGUUAUGGAAAAAAAUUCUAUUAUAAAAGCAAUGUCACAGACCUUCUGAGGUUCAUCAGAAACCUGGAUGAACACCCCAAUGAAAGGAUCAGUGAAAUAACAGGGGACUAUGCUAAGUAUUUCCUGACGAAAUUUCCAGCACUGACCAUUUAUGUCUACAACCGUUUGCGCCAGCAUCCCGAAUACAGCCACUUUGUAGACAUUCAGGAUCCUCCUCUGUAGGAGGCUGUUGCCUCACGUCCCAUGGCUGAUCCCCACUUGCUCUGCCUCCUUUUGUUCCCUAUUUCUUCAGCUGAAAAAAAGAGUUGAAGAAAUUGGGUAAAGAGACAGGAGAGAGCACAUGCAGGUACAGAGCAUGGAGAAAUGAAAGGUGCUUCAGAAGUUAUUGGUGUAAGGACAAGGGCUUGGGCAAGGAGCCAGGCUGAGUGCCAGCCCAGGUCCCCCGUGACUCCCUGUCCCCAUCUCCCUGAUUCUUACAGAGAGCAAGGAGAUGUGGGACAGGCCCCAUAUUCCCAAUCCAUGCAAGAGGCAGAAGAGCUCAGGUAUUGCCAACCAGGGACUCUGAAGGAGUUUCCCUAGCAGGGAGCUCUACAGAUAGCACUUAUGAGCCACACGGGUACCACUAUCGAGACUUGAAUUCCCUCCUUCCACUCCUUGAACGCAGCAGCCAGAAGCAGAGAUGCUGUUGGUGCCCGGCCCUGCCGUUCAUACACAGCAGCCCAGAGCUCUGCUACUGGGGCUGAGCAGCACAAACCCAUUUCUGGAGCCCGGUGGCAUCCUGCUGGCCCAAGGACUUGUUUGUUUCUCUGCCAGCAGUUCCCGCGGGGCUGCACAAUGAUCAUAUAUUGCUUAUGGAAAUGUUUUCCAGCUGUUGAAAUGAUUUUUUUUUAACUGAUUAUUGUUCUUUGUGUUAGCCUAUGAAGAACCAAACGGAGAAUAAAUUUGGAAAAAUGUUUUCUACAUA